CUAGUUCAACAACCGGUAGAUCCUUGUGAUUUUAACUCAGUUAUUAAAACACUCAACUAAAUUAUUAUUGAUGUAGUCAUAAUUAAUAUCAGGAUCGAAAGAACACCUCAUCUAUCUGAACUUGCUAUUCAGCCACGCAAUCACGUGGGUCAGGAAAAGGACGAGAGCGGAAAGGACCGAACGGCUCGGGUUGAUCCAUCGGAUCCGAAGGGGCAUGGCUCUGGUCAGAUUGGCGUUUCCCGUGUUCUUCUUCCUCGCAGCGGCGGAGUUCGCGGCGGGGACGCGGUCGCCGUCGGCUUUCGUACAAAACGCCAUCUACUCCAACCGCAUCACCAUCUUCUCCAAGACUUACUGCCCAUGCGGUUCAGCUAGCCCUCCGACCCCCCUCUCGAGAGUUCCGCUCCACCGCGGCGAAGGAAGUGGCGGAGAAGGAAGUGCCGCGCGGAGGAGCCCCUGUGGAUCGUCUUUGAGGUGUCCGGCACCAUCCACCUCCACUCCUACCUCCGCGUCUCCUCGUACAAGACCAUCGACGGGCGCGGCCAGCGCGUGGUGCUCACCGGCAAGGGGCUUCAGCUCAAGUCAUGCCACCACGUCAUCAUCUGCAACCUGGUGUUCGAAGGAGGCCGCGGGCACGACGUGGAUGGCAUCCAGGUCAAGCCCGACUCCACCAACAUCUGGAUUGACCGCUGCACCCUCGCCGACUACAAUGACGACCUCAAGAUGCCAUUUUAUGCGGCACGACAAGACGAUGCUCAUCGGUGCCGACCCCACGCACGUCGGCGACCGAUGCAUCAGGGUCACCAUCCACCAUUGCUUCUUCGACGGCACGCGGCAGAGGCACCCCCGCCUCCGCUUCAGAAAGGUUCACCUCUACAGCGACAAGAUUUUGGAACCAACAACCACGGCUUGAAUUCCCAUUUACACAUAAUUUUAGCUUUUGUUAACAUUUAAAUAUGGGGGAGCAGGGUGACGCACUAGUGUUGUCAUAUGCAUCAACUACCGUUUGACUAUAAGCUAAAAUCUAAGAUAGACACGAGACUUAUUCUACCAUAUUACGGUUAUGAAAAUGAGGUGCAUAAUCAACCGUCCUCCCAUACCUCAAAAAAAUGAAAUCUAAAUGACAAUCUUGACAUACCUUUUUAUUUAUUAGCUUUUGGAGGAUCCUUUGUCAUAACCACCAUGCACAGCUAAACCAUCAAGCUCUGCAAGCUCAGUUAAAAUUCCUGCAUUCCUUAUGAAUGGAGAUCCUCAUUCUCUGUGAAUGUCUACAAAGUAGAUUGACGUGUCUUGCAGCUUUCUAGUAUAAGACAUACGAGUAGCAUUCACAACUAAAAGCUAUUGUAAUGCUAUGGAUGAGAGAAAUAUCUUUACAUUGGGAAUUGUAUGUACUAUAAAUAAAGAUACAAAUAGAAAACC